UUGCAAACAUAAAAUGAAUUUGAGUGUGAAAUAUUUCAUUGCUUUUUUACAUAUGUGUGAUCAUGCAACAUACCGAUACAAUGUAUUCAUAAAGAAAUUGAUUGCCUCAAAGUUUUAUAACAUAAUACUAUUUAUACAUAAGUUAUCAGUGUGAUUUCAUAAUUCAUAACUUAUCUUGAAAGUGAUUUUUAAGUUAAAAGAAAACUUGGAGUAAAUUACGUUUCAGUUUAAACAGGUGUUUCGUUUUUUUUGACAAUAAAUUCAAAAUACGUAAUAUACAUGAAUAACGAGUGUAGACCGUUUAGUUAAUAAAAACGUUCAGGUUUAGAAGUCUUGAUUUUGUAUGGAUAGAAAAAUCAAAUCCCGUGAGGGACGAUAUAGAAAUAUACAAGAGGGGAGAGGCUGUAAACCUAUAGUGUAAUUAUGCACGAGACUUCACAUGGAUCAAACAUGGGUGGAAAACAUAAUAUUGACGAUAUUUUAUUUAUAAUCCGAGCUGUUUCCGUGGUUUAUGGAUUAUCAGGAGUAGCAUGCACAGUAACUGGGGUGUAUACACUAUGGUACGCCGCACCUGACAUUGAAUUCCCGUUCUCGUCUGGUUCCGGUGUUUGGAUGGGAUUCUUAACGUUUGUAACAUUCGCGAUGGGCAUCAAUGUGGUAAAAGGAUACGACACAGACUACCCCUCAUCCUCUAAAGGAAAGGUCAUCACAUUUUACAUAUUAGUUAUCAUGGACGUCAUAUUCGGAAUUCUCCACGUAUCUUUCUCCGCGUUAGGAUUUUCAUACUGUAGCUCUGAAAUUAGAACCGGGUGGAUACAUUGUAACACAGAGGAGCGACCUAGACUUCUACUAAUGGAGGGUUUUAGUAUUGCAUUUGGAGUGAUUGUAACACUGCUGUCAGUGGCUGUGACCAUUUAUUUGUCUUGUAGGAGGAAGAUAAAUAUUUUAGCAGGAAUUCCAACGGAACAGUAAAUUAAAUACACGUGGUGCUGCGGAUUAUGUAGCCGACAUAAUGUUACUCCAACAUACUAGUGAUCCCGAGACUUAUGUUUCAAAUCAAAUCAAAUCAAACAAAACCAAUACAGGUUUCAUGGGUUUAAGAUUUGUAAAAACACGAUGGUUUCUAAUUUUUAAUGCGCGUUUCAUGAAAAGUGCCAAAAGUGUUCUUGUGUUCUUCUAGUGUUCAGUUUAAACUUUUCAUUUACAUUGCUUCAUUAUGACUUGAAAUAAAAUUUUCGGACUAAUGGAAAUAUUCACUCUCAUUUCAAGUGUAAGUACGGUGUGUAUCACAGGGUCGAGUUAAUUAUAAAUUUUUCUCUAGCAAGUACUUUCACGAUAAACAAAAUUAGGCAGUAUAAGACUGAACCACCAUACCGGUAAUAUCUAAUGUAGUCAUAACAAAGCAUAGGUUUGAUUUCAGUAAAAAUAGCUUAAAGUCAGAUUUCAACACUGAUUGUUGAAUCGAGAGAUACCAUAGCAAACAUUGUUGAUAAAUUUCUGACGACUGUACAAUUUCUUGGUAAACCAAUAACUUAACUUGCCCUUCGCUAUAUCAAGAUUAUUAAAGAUCAGUAUUCCUCAAUACGCUAAAGGAGAAAAUGUUUGUGUGAGAAGGAACCUUGAGGUUUCCACAGCUUUCCGUUAAACAAUUAAACUUGAACUGUACGGUCGUCUUGUCAAAACAAUAUGGAACUUAUCAUUCUUAUUGGGAUCUUUGUUCCAAGAUCGUACACUAGACCUACUAAUAAACAAAAAAAAAAAAAAAAAAGAAAAAAAGAAAGAAAAAAGAAACACAAACAAACAAAAAAACCUUGCUGCUGUUUGCGAUUUUGAUCUUUAAACUCUGAGGAAAUUGAUCGAAGGUCAUCAUGGCCCUUUUGACUUAAGAUUAAAAUUUAUCUCUAACAUUUGAGAUAUUUGUCUUGCCCUCGAGAACAUAUGUCGAAAGCUCGAAAUAAGAGAUCGAGCGCUCAAAUUUUUCCUAAGUAUAUAUCGUGAUCUGUAAAUAAUAAAUCGAAUAAACUUGAGGUAAUUUCAGCCUUUGG